GGGAGGGCAGCAGUCAACAAACCUGUCCGUUGCGCACAUUUCCUGGAAUUCACUGCUCUUCCUGGCAGUAUUUGGAAAGGCAAGUUUUGCCCAUUGCCUGGGAAUCUCACCAUAUCAAUAGCAACCAAGGAAUUGCUAUGAAUUUUGCCGCACAAUUUUUGUACGCCAGGGGUAUAAAGAACCCAGCUCCCAGGGAACACUUCGAAGAAGAGGAAGAAUAUGAUCCUUUCUGGCAAAGGUUGGAGAAUGUUGCCAUGUGACGUAGACGUAGUAUUGGUUUCUCCCCCUUAGGAAUGGACAGUCCUAGGGCUAUGCCUGGGGGCAAACCUCUGGUCGUCUCCUCCCCUGGACCUUUCCUGCCUCCGUAUGGUACAGUAGUUGGAAUAUUGCUUCACCUCUGUGUUUAUAUCAUUGCUGUGCUUUAUAGCUCUACAAAGAAGCUAUUUGCAAAAAAGGAUGACAGUAAAGUGAGAAAACUGGAUGUCUCUACCCACUACGAACGUCAUUGCUUUAAGGAUGGGCCGAUAAGAAAUGGUCUUAUUGGGCAGCGGCCUCCCUCCAUCAAUCCUGAGAGACUGAAAGAUUUUGGAGAGGAAGACUCCCUCAACGGGGGUGUGAAGACGUGGGAAAUGAAGAUCGUUGGUCACAACGAGGAAUUGCUAAGAGACUCAGUCAGCUGCCCAGAGAGGAUUAGCACAACAGCCUACAAUAAAUGUCUUCGAUUUGAAGAUAUCAGUGCAGCGGCUUUCAAAAUCCAGUGCGGAGUCCAGAAAACACCUUGUAUGUACUCUCGACUUUCGAAGCAAUAUGGAAUGGACAUAUAUCUAAAGAAAGAGUUCCUCCAGUACACAGGAUGUGUGAAGGAGCGAGGUGUGCUUUACCUUCUGAUGUCCUUACAGCAGGAUCAGAAAAGAAAAGGGGUGAUUGUUGCCUCAGACAAUAAUUUCUCCAUGGCGGUGGCCUACCAGGCCUCGGAGCUCCGGAUUCCUGUGUUCGUCAUCAUGUCCACCAGCACCUCGCCCGCAAGAGUGAAGAUGUGCCGCGAGUAUGGUGCCAUGGUCAUUUCCUAUGGUGCCACAGCAAGAGAUUCCCAGCUGCAUGCCAGGAGGCUGGCGCAGGAAAAUGGCUACCUGUAUCUUGAAGAAGAAGACAAUGCUGUGUAUCUAUCAGGGCUGGGAACUAUGGGACUGGAGAUCUACGAACAGGUGCCAAAACUGGACGCGGUGAUAUUCCCAGCGGGGGCUCACUGUGGAUUGUUAGCAGGCUCAGCUGUGGCACUGAAACAUCUGAACCCACAUAUAUCUGUUAUUAGUGUGGAGUCAGAGGGGUUCCCUGUAUUGCAAAAGUCCUUAAACGUUGGCCAGCCUAAUGAAGAUCAUUCUCGUAGCGUCCAGCCAUUUUACAGAGAUGUGAGUGGACCUUGUUUUGUCUCCAGUUCUUUGCAACUGACUGGAAAAUUUGUUGAUAAAGUUUUAGCAGUGAGAGAAGAGGACAUUCUCGUUUCCAUGCUGAGGCUGCUGGAGUACGAACGUGCCACGGUAGACGCAGAAGGAGCAAUCGGGCUUGCAGCCAUAGUUGCUGGGAAAUUGCCAGAGUUAAAAGGCAAAAGAGUGGCUGUUGCUGUGUGCAGUGGUAACCUGGAGCUCCCCUUGAUGCGGCAGUGCAUAGACCGUGCCCUCACCCUCGACAACAGAGUGUGCAAAUUCUCCAUCCUGGUUUCUAGCUCAGUGGGAGACAUUUCAAAGAUCCUAGACAUCUUGGCUCGGGAGGAAGCAAGAGUCUUGGACAUCAAACAAGAACAUUCAUACAUAACGUCUGAUCUGUUCACCAGCGAGGUUACCUGCAUUGUAGAGACCAGAGACAAAAUCCACACCGCUCAGUUAAGAAACAUCCUCACAGAUCGCUACCCAAUGAUGACCUGGAUGGAACGGUGACGAGCGCAGCUGACUGAAAUGUGUGGCAAUCAUCUUUUUUAAAAAAGUUUUAUGGAGAGCUAAACAUGUGGCAUCGAUACGUUUGCAUCCUGCAAAAUUAGUUAGCAGGUCACUGUAGGAUUUACCACAUCCUUCUCUUAAUAUGGUCAGGUGAGGGUGAAACAGCUUCUAUAAGGAGCAGAAGUAGAAUGGAAUGGUUAUGUUAGCUUAAGGGUUCUUUGUAGCAUCUGUAGCUUUCAAGUUGGAGCCCUUCUCAUUUGUACUAUUUUAGCGUACUCCCCCCCACCUGUGUAACCUUUCCUGACCCCUUGCCUUUCUGUAUGAUGUCAUUAGGUAAAGGUAAAAGUAGUCCCCCCUGUGCAAGCACCGAGUCAUUACUGACCCAUGGGGGAACAUCACAUCACGACAUUUUCUUGGCAGAUUUUUGUUACAGGGUGGUUUGCCAUUGCCUUCCCCAGUCAUCUAUAUUUUACCCCCAGGAAACUGGGUAAUCAUUUUACUGACCUCUGGAGGAUGGAAGGCUGAGUCAACCUUGAGCCGGCUACUUGAACUCGACUUCCGCCAGGAUCGAACUCAGGGCGUAAGCAGAGCUUGGGCUGCAGUACUGCAGGUUACCGCUCUGCACCACGGGGCUUUUGAAGUCUCAGUGUUAGAUAUUAGCAACAGCAGCAGUGGGUACAGCUUUUGACCUGGAAGUCACAUCUGGGUCUCUGCCUGCUUUUGAGCGCUCCAGUUAUUCCCCCUUUCCAGUACCCAACUGGAAGCCCUCAAAGAUGAAUGGAGGUGUGGCCCCAUCGCGCCCUUCGCUGAUCUUCACGGCCCUCAGUCCGCAAGCUGUUUAAGAAUUUUUGGGGAGCAUCAGCCUACUAACUGAUGCUGCAGUUUGGUGGACGCGUUUGCUUGACUAGUUACUAGUCGCCCACAAUAUAUUUAAUCAGUUUGUCCGAUAUUACUAAUUUGUGGUAUCUUGACAAUUUGAAAAAGGCGAGUGGGGAUUCACUCUCUUCCGGUUUACCAAAAGAUUCCCUGGCUACUCACCAGGAGGAAAUUUUUAACUUGUCAUAGGAAACAAGAGGCUAUUUAUAAGCCUGAUUAUUUCA